AGGUGGACAAGAUCCGCAUCGAAGACCACCUGUGGUUUUGGCAUGGGGUUGAAACGAAGAGAACUACUCCGAGCCCCUGUCGAUUCGAGGGUUGCCCAGACGCAGGGACGAUGACGUUUCUGAGCCGUCACAUCGAAGGGGUCCACUUCUCUGCAUCCUAUCGAUGCCCCUAUUGCAAGAAGCUGUCGGCGAGGACCGAUUCUUUGAUUCGGCAUCAGAAGGGGUGCAAACCAUUGCUUGCUAGCAGGGCCCAUGCUGAGCAUGGAAAGUACGAAUUCCGUAUCCAAGAAAUGAUCAAGGCAGUUUCUGGAUAUAUCGUUCCUGCCCAUAACGCAACCUAGGACAGCGUCUGAAUAUGUUGAAUCUAAUUCUUGACACAACUACGGCUGAUGACACACAUUCUAAUAUAUAUUACCGACAUUCCUUUAGACUAUUCUCUCUACGGCUAACGACACUCGUUUCAUUCUAUUACCAACAUUCCUUCGGAAAUUUAUUCUCUCUACGGUUAACCACACUCGCUUCAUUCUAUCACCGACAUUCCUUUCGAAUAUUCGCUCUUUUCGUCCUUGUUCAGUGCAUCUUCUAUAUGGUUAUUGGUUUAUCUUUAUUGCACGCUGGGCGUGGUCAUCGUAUCUUACCAUGGUGCUCGGUCUAUCUUACAUACGGUUGGAUUUUAUGGGAAGGAAGUUGGAAGUAGCUAGUCACUAUCAUGGAGCUUGGAGCUUUGCAUCGUCAAUAUUGUUAUGAAUGAAAUAUACGGAUAUUGAACGCUUGAGCGAUUCGGAGUACACGAUCAAGG